UGUAUUUACUUUGUACAGCCACAGCAGAUAUUUUUCUCCUGCUUUAUGUGAGAGCUGUUGAACAGCACAAACUUAACUUUUCAAGCAGUGGUGCUACGCCGUUGCCAUGGCGACGACAUGUCAACAUCGCUCUGGUCGGACCACUGCUGCUCUGCCUGUCCUGAGUCCUGUUUCUAAACAUGUCGGAAAUGUCUGCUAUGAACAGAAAACUGAUACAAACCCUGGCUGAAACAAUCUCAAAACAAGUGGACCACUUCAAUAAAACAGAGGUUGCCUGCCUUAUCCGAGAGUUUGACGUGCUGCUGGGGGAGCCGGCAGUCCCUGGAAGAGCCGCCAGCGGCCUGGACAGAGGCAGGUUCAGGAGCAUCCUGCACAACAGCUUUGGGAUGACUGACGACAUGAUCAUGGAUGGAGUCUUCAGGACAUUUGACAAAGACAAUGACGGCUUUAUUAGUAUGAAGGAGUGGGUUGAGGGGCUGUCGGUUUUUCUUCGUGGGACCUUGGAUGAAAAAAUAAAAUACUGCUUUCAUGUGUACGACUUGAAUGGUGACAACUACAUCUCCAGGGAGGAGAUGUUUCAUAUGCUGAAGAACAGCCUCAUCAGACAGCCCAUUGAGGAGGACCCUGAUGAGGGAAUCAAAGACUUGGUGGAGAUCACACUGAAGAAGAUGGACCAUGACCAUGAUGGCAGGUUGUCUUUUGCAGACUUUGAGAAUGCAGUGAGAGAGGAGAACCUGUUGCUUGAAGCUUUUGGAACCUGCCUCCCCGACUCCACGGGUAUUGAGAUAUUUGAGCAGCACGUAUUUCAUGAUCAACUGGACCAAUGGUGAAAUAAUAGUCGUGUGCACUUUCAGCUGCAUAUUCUUUAAUAAAAUUGUUAAUAGCUGUU